GUUAGGGCGGACAGGACAAGUAACAUGAAGACUGGAUACGUUUGCGCCUUAUGACGCAGCCUACAUGUUCGGCGUCCACAAUUGGUCUACUUGGUGCCUUGAAUGACGAAACAAAUCGAUUUCAUCCCUUGGAGACGGACACCUCACAGGUGGGUAAUUAUUUCUAUUGUCAUCUUGAAGACAUAGAUAUUUCAGCAUUUCCUACCUACAUUCCGUCCUGUUGUUGUUGUAACAUGCCCUGCAUGCCCUUCUCUCGAUGCGGACGUAUUAAUUUGGGCAAGGGGUGGAUUUAAUAAAUGCCAGUGCGACCGUCCAGGGAUAAAGUUCCUAGUACCAGAGAUACCAGAGAUCCGCCUAGAUGGUACGUGGGUGCUAAAGUACCUAAAGUAACUUUAGUCUAGUUGCCGGGGGGCUGAAUUAUUACGGUAAUUUUCUUUUUUUCGCUGGCUGAGAACGACACGAGGCAACACUACACUACACACUACACAACACUGCAGAACACUGCAGAACACUCACACCACUCAAAUCUACUCAACACGACGAGAAUACCAACCUAAUUUGCAAUUUCACUUACAGAUACCGCGAUCCAGCUUCCUAUGACAGGUCCAUUCAUCUGUUGUCUUCUUCGCAAUCGACGUCUCACGUCUACCCCCUUUUCCUCUAGCUAGUUAGGCUGCUUGCGCACUGCCUGGCGCAAUGAACGCCAUACAGCAAAAAUGUCGCCCGAAACACCAAGUCCUCGUCCUCAAGUGCUAUCCUCACACCACCAAGGGUGCCGUUGAUGUCAAACCAAACUCGAGUGAACUAAGUUACCUUUUAUUCUACGCUACCUCCCGACGGUCUAAGAUCCAGAAGGUUGGCCAAUUCCUCGAGAAAAAGACAGCUAGUGAUGUUUGGAGGGUGCGCAUUGGAAAUGUCCAAGUUACCUUACAAAUACUAGCUGCCAUAAUCGAAAAAGCUCCUAAAGACCUCCCCCUAUUCGCCCAAAAUGUCCUCAGAAUCCUGGACCUCGUCCUCCGGUCCAACGACAUCACCAUGGUCGAGGCAUCGCUGCCGACCUUUCGAAUCUUCUGCGAACACCAUGAUGUCUCCUCUCUUUUUGCCGAUCAAGCUUACCUCCGUCAAUAUGAAUCGGUCGUACGCGCUUACGCCACCUUCGCGUCGACUCGUAAAAACCCUGCUAGGAGCCCCUCUAGCAAACCUGUCGCUAUGAGGUGGAGAAAUGUAGGGUUGGAGGCAAUCAAAAGUGUCGCCGAAUCUGACGCGCUUUCGUCUGUUGCCGGACGUCAACUUGAUGUCAUAGUACCUAUGAUUCUAGAAAACCUGUGGACCGACAACGAAGACUUCCUGGAUAUUUUGUUGCAGCGUGUGCAGCUAGAAGAGAAGGUCGAUACUAACGCGUUGUUACGACGUAGAACGAGUGUUUCAACCGUUAAAACCGCUGACACUGGAGGAGACGCGAACCCGAUAGCUAUUUCCGGCACAUCCGUUGAUAUCGACAAGUUGGCCGAAGAAGAUAUUGGCGUCGUGGCUAUGCAAUGCCUAAAGCAAAUAUUCGUCAUACCCAACAGGGCACAAAUUAGUGGGGCGACUUCGGCCCUGUUGAAAUUCAUUAAGGAACGUGUUCAGCAGAAAGAGACGGUGGUAGUCGAGGCCAAGGGAGAUAACGGACGUGACCAUGGCUGGGCGAUCAAAAUUUUCGAGUUUGUCACGAGAUGGGCGCCAGUUCAAGACCGUUACGUUAUGAUGAUUACCGCUACCGACGCGCUACUUCGAAACCCGCCGAUUGACGAGAACAUUCCCGAUCAAAUCGUACUUACUGCCAUAAUUGGAUCCUUACUGAGCUCCGACAUCAACCUGAUCGGUUUAAGUGUUAUGGAUGCCCUCCUAGGGUUGAUACAACAUAUGAAGCGAGUUUUGAAGCACUCAGGAAGUUCGAGAGGAAGUGCGGCGUCAGGGGACGAAAAGACCUCUGCAGCUCCCGAUCUUUCGCAGCACAUCGCUGCUCCGUAUAGAGACCUCUUGGCUCGGAUCCAGAAGUGUAUCGGGAACCUGGCCACUCACGUAUACUAUGCGGAUCAAAUUUCCGACAUGGUUUCCGGUAUUCUCAUGAGGCUCAAACCUCAUCCAAGCACAGUGAACGCUUCACCGACCCAAAAGGUCGAUUCUUCCCCGCCCGGGGCCUCAGCAGGCAAUAUUUCGGACGACCAGUCUCAUCUUGAUAGCUUCUUCGCGUUGGACUUGGCGAAGACUAUCGCACUUCAAGCUAUAAAGUCUAUUCUUCUUGUUGCUAACCCGAAGACCAAGAUCAGUGGAAAUGUUAGUUUAACUAGAAACAAAGUUUCCAUACAGGCGUGGGAGGGUACACACUGGCUCUUGCGUGAUCCGGAUGGACAAGUUCGAAAGGCAUAUGUCGACGCCCUUACUACUUGGCUCGAGAGAGAAACUACGAGAUCUGAUCUGGAAGCGCGAGAUGACAUGAGCCAGAGACCACGAACUAACACCAAGGAAAUGCCAGCUGCAACUACUGCUCGCAGAGCUGUCUCCAAUGCUUCGGCUCGUGAGAAGCCUGUCAAAGUUCCACGCUCCCGUUUUCUAAAACUACUCCAUCUUGCCAUCUACGACAACGCCUUGCAAUUCAUGGAGUUCGAAGCAGAUAUUGCUCUCCUCCAUGUCUUGCUAACAAAAUUAGUCAAUAAACUCGGUGUUAAUGCGGCAAGAUACGGUAUUCCGGUAAUAUUUCGGCUCCAGGAGGAUAUAUUGGAAGCGGAAACACCUACAUCUAAAGUCCAUCUGGGAUGUCUUUGUCACGGCUAUUUCUGGGCUCUAAGCGAGCACUUUGAAUUCGAGGGGACGCCGGCCGGUCGAGCAAUUCAUAAUGAAGUGGUUCGCAGAAGAAGCAAAAAUUUCUGGGUUGAAGGCGUGCACAUCCCAACACCGUCGCUAGAAAUUUUGGGCACUCCGGGUAUGGCUAGAACGGAGUCGAAAAUCCCCACGCACGAGGUAGAGUCAGAAGCACUAUUGCCCUUUGACGACCGCGCUGCGAUGGUAGAUUGCAUCUGCGCCAACUAUAAGGACAGAGCGAUUUCCCCUCCCGCUAGCCCUUCAACGUCGCCUGGUCGUGUGUUCGCACAUCCCGCCCUGGGCUCUACUCUAGGUCCUAUUCCACCUGCUAAUGACGAGCAUGACCUGCCUGAAAAGUUUAAGGAGGAAAUGUUGGCAGAAUGGAAUCGAGAGGCCGUUGUCAUCGCCCUUCAAGCAGAAAGCAAGUCUGCUUCGCUCAAUGGGUCCAAAGCCGGGACGACUACCACCAAGGGAAAUCACCUUACCGUCAAUGGGCCUUCAGCUAAUGGCCUCCCUUCAAGUAGGCCAGAGUCUGCCUAUGCUCGACAAACCAACCUGCGGCCCGUAUCGCAUGCCAGCCACGCUGCUGCUCUGCGAAAUUCUAGCAUACAGAGUCACGGUUCAGGGAGGAGUGCCUCUAGUAAAGGCUUCGUCGCUUCUGUCGACCAGCUCAAAUCUGUGUUGAGUGGGGAUCCAGUCAGGCCGGGUACAUUCCAGACGUUGCGGGAAGAUGAUGACAGCAGCGAAAGCAUGGCGAGUUGUGAUUUCACGCCAUCAGAACUUUCAUGGAAUCCCCAGGCCGAGGGCGUCAAUGGUCAUGAAGCAGCUCUGGGGCGGUCGAGAUCAAAAUCCAGGGAACGAAAGGCGUCCGGAGACUUGGGAGGUCCUCUAACGUCCAACCCUACGGAAGGUCAGGACGAAAAUGGAGAGCAGGUGCCACCAGUACCUCCAUUACCACCAUCCUUAGCAGGGAAAUCACCUCCCCCCGAGGUAACCCUCGCCAAGGUUUCAAGCCAAGAUCAUGCUUUCAAGAGUCCUAAGAGGAAUAUCAGAAGUCGAGGAGGCGAUAGCGUCCUCUCAAGCAACUUUGCCAAUGCUGGCGCCGCUAGCAUGGACCUUCAAGCGAUGCUUAAGGGCAUCGAUAGCAAAUCCAAGCAGAACACCCUUGGAAAUCUUACCAGGCCCCCUUACUAGUCUAGCAGUAUACACUGUAACAAGCUCAUAUGUACUUGAAACCUAUAACUUAAGUUUUAUGGAGGCGAAGGAUUGGGGUUAAAUUCUUAAUGGCAACUUUUAGGGGACGGGCCUAUUCGCCUCAUGGGUUGAGGCGUUGCAUAUAGUAUUACGCCGGGAAGUAUCUACGGAAGGCCUAGCCGCGUAAAAGAAGGAUGGAACUUGGAACUUCGUAAAAGAUUAUCACUCGGGGCAACUCUAUCUAACAUAUGGCUGUAUAUAUUAACACGUCUGUCUUGUUCCUUUGUCAGCCUCUUUGCUUCCAGCGUGGUCGGUGUUUUUGCUUCAGAUUUGCCGCCUUGGUUUUUCGGCUGGCUGUUUCAACAUAGAGGAGUAGAGCAUAUCAAUAAAAAAAGCAAAAAACUAAGUUAUAGAA